AUGUGGCAAGUGCGCGCACCGGAUCACGACGGUAGCCCGUACCGGGUGGAGGUGUCCGUGAAUGGAACUUCACUCAUUAUGGAAAUUGACACGGGAGCAAGUGUGUCUGUCGUGUCGGAAGAGACCUUUCGCCGCAUAUUUCCGUCUUGUCGUUUGGAACCGUCAAGCGUCAUGCUGAAAGGUUACACCGGUGAGCUGUCCGUGGUGCAAGGCAGCCUGCCUGUGACUGUACGACUGGGAAACCAUGAUUGCCGGGACGCGUUGUACGUCGUCCCAGGACGCUGCCCGUCCCUUAUGGGGCGUGGCUGGAAAAAAGCCUUCGGAAUCGAGCUGCGCAGUGUGAUGGACGUUAAGGCUAUCACGUCGGUUGAGGGAUUCGUCGCUGAGUAUGCGAGUGUUUUCGACGACGCCUUGGGAACAUUCAAGGGAGUGUCCGCGAAAAUAACCAUCGAAGACAACACAAAGCCGUGGUUCUUCAAGGCUCGCCCUGUUCCGUUCGCAAUGAUCGACAGCGUAAACGAGGAACUGAUGCGCAUGGAACAAGUUGGAGUGCUGCGUUCAGUUACGACUUCGGAAUGGGCUGCGCCUAUCGUGCCUAUCUUGAAGCGGAGUGGCCAGAUUCGGAUAUGUGGCGACUUCAAGGUCACUGUUAAUCCCGUGACAGUGCCUGAAAAAUACCCUAUACCAUGCGUUGAAGACCUGUUUUGCCAUCUUAGCGGUGGCGAGAAGUUCAGCAAAUUGAACUUGAAAGAUGCGUAUUUGCAAGUUGAACUGGACGAGGCAUCCCGCAAGCUGCUUGACAAGUGUACCUUCCUGGAACGACAAGUUGAAUACCUGGGUCACGUUGUCACGGCUGCGGGGUUUCAACCCAACCCUGAAAAGGUAGAGGCUGUGCUGAAGGCGCCUAGACCCGAAGAUGUCAAGACAUUACGGAGUUAUCUAGGUCUAGUCAACUUCUACCGCAAGUUUCUGCCGGGGCUGUCUAGUGUGUUGCAUCCCUUGAACGAGCUGCUUGUGGCCAAGGUGUCGUGGGAGUGGCGUGAGGAUCAUGAACGUGCUUUUCAAAGGAGCAAGGAGCUACUUGUUUCAGCAGCAGUGCUGGCGCAUUAUGACCCCAAGAAACCCGUGGUGCUCGUAUGCGAUGCGUCACCGUACGGCGUUGGCGCCGUUCUGGCCCAUAGAGAAGACUCGGGGGCUGAACGACCAAUCGCAUUUGCAUCACGAAGUCCCGCGCCAGCCGAGCGAAAUUACAGUCACAUCGACAAGGAGGCUCUUGCGCUCAUGUUUGGCGUAACCAAGUUCCGACGAUACCUCUGGGGACGCGAGUUCGAGGCUAUUACGGACCAUAAACCAUUACUGGGCUUGCUUUCUCCCGACAAGCGCGUGCCUGAGAUGUGUUCACCGCGUAUCAUGCGUUGGGCUCUGAUGCUUGGUGCGUAUAACUACAAGCUCAUAUACCGGCCGGGAGCAAGCAUUGCCAACGCGGAUGGUUUGAGUCGCCUACCACUACCAGGGUACGCUCAACCUGUGGAAAGGCCAGCGGAAGUUUUCAUGCUGGAGGCUGCUUAUCCUCGGGUGCUACGGUCAACUGUAGUCGCGGAAGCUACUUCCAAGGACCCAAUCUUAGCGAAGCUACGAGAGGCCUUAUGGUCUGGAGCUGAGCUACGUGACCCCGAGUUCAGGUUCUACGCAGAUCGAAAACUUCAGAUGAGCGUGCAAGAAGACUGUAUACUUCUCGGAUCGCGAGUGGUCAUCCCAAGUGCAUUACAGCAAGAAGUGCUGCGACUCCUUCAUGAGGGGCACCCUGGAAUGACCAAGAUGAAGGCUAUCGCCAUGAGUCACGUCUGGUGGUCUUCGUUGGACGAGGACAUUAGUGCUGCAGUUCGCCAGUGUCAGAUCUGCCAAGAACACCAGAGGGUUGCGCGGCCGGUAGCGAUGACGCCAUGGCCGUUUCCGGACAGACCAUGGUCUCGCCUUCAUAUUGACUUUGCUGGACCUUUGAAGAACCGCUACUUGCUGAUCGUUAUCAAUGCAUUUUCAAAGUGGAUAGAGGCCGUUCCUAUAUCUACACCAUCGGCAGAGGCAACUAUCUCAUGCCUGAGGGUUCUGUUUGCUACUCACGGAUUGCCAGACGUAGUGGUGUCCGACAACGGACCAGCGUUCGUGAGCGAGGAAUUCAAACUGUUCCUGCAUCGAAAUGGCAUCAAACAAGAUUACUCCCCACGAAACUACCGGGUGCUCACCAGCGGAGCUGAUCAUGGGCCCAAGGUGAAGCACUUGUACCGCUUGUCUGUAUUUGUCCUCAGCAUUUUUCCUGAGAGCAAGCACAGGGUGCCGCUUCCAUACUGCCUCGAGCCAUCCUCCAGGGUACUACUUGUGCUGUUCUCGCAUGAUAAGGAGGACACUGUUGUGGGAAACAAGAUGCUGCUCGUGCUGUCCCGGCAUGAUGAACUGCUCAUCGCUGUGAAAGAAGACAGCAAGAGGCUGCUGGUGCUGUUAGCACUAAGUGAAAAAGUUGCCGCAGAGUAA